AAGCAAACAUUUAUGACGAAUCAAGUUAUUUUCUUUAAAAAAGGCUCAAUACUAUCGCCAUCGCUAUCUAACAAACUGAUUUUUGAAAAACGUACAAUGAUGGUACUUCAAAAAAAAACAUGCUUUUCUAAUGCUUUGUUUAAACCUGCAUAUUAGUUAGGAAAGCGUUGUUUUGGGAAUAACUGCAGAUAAUCAAUAGAUUUUGUCUCCAAAAUCAUAUUAAUCUGUGCGCAACGAGGUUUAUAUUGUGACAGAAAGAAAUGAGGACCCUGCUGCUUAUAAGUGCACUGACCAUCACCCGGUUCAUUUCUACAGCUUCUAUAGCAGCAGCAAGUACUGAUUCUACAUCAACAGUGCUCACAAGUACAACUGUGCAACCUACAGAAGCAAGUACUGAUUCUUUAUCAACAGUUCUCACAAGUACAAUUGUGCAACCUACAGAAGCAAGUACUGAUUCUACAUCAACAGUGCUCACAAGUACAACUGUGCAACCUACAGAAGCAAGUACUGAUUCUACAUCAACAGUGCUCACAAGUACAACUGUGCAACCUACAGAAGCAAGUACUGAUUCUACAUCAACAGUGCUCACAAGUACAACUGUGCAACCUACAGAAGCAAGUACUGAUUCUACAUCAACAAUGCUCACAAGAACAACUGUGCAGCCUACAGAAGCAAGUACUGAUUCUACAUCUACAGUGCUCAAAAGUACAACUGUGCAAUCUGCAGCAGCAAGUACUGAUUCUACAUCAACAGUGCUCACAAGUUCAACUGUGCAACCUACAGAAGCAAGUACUGAUUCUACAUCAACAGUGCUCACACGUACAACUGUGCAACCUGCAGCAGCAAGUACUGAUUCUACAUCAACAGUGCUCGCAAUGACAACUGUGCAACCUGCAGCAACAAUUACUGAUUCUACAUCAACAGUGCUCACAUGCACAAGUGUGCAUCCUGCUGCAGCAAGUACUGAUUCUACAUCAACAGUGCUCGCAAGUACAACUGUGCAGCCUGCAGCAGCAAGUACUGAUUCUACAUCAACAGUUAUCAAAAGCACAACUGCGCAACCUGCAGCAGCAAGUACUGAUUCUUCAUCAACAGUGCUAAAAAGCACAACUGCGCAACCUGCAUCAGCAAGUACUGAUUCUACAUCAACAGUGCUCACAAGUACAACUGUGCAACCUACAGCAGCAAGUACUGAUUCUACAUCAACAAUUCUCACAAGUACAACUGUGCAACAUGUAGCAGCAGCAAGUACUGAUUCUACAUCAACAGUGCUCACAAGCACAACUGUGCAACCUACAGAAGCAAGUACUGAUUCUACAUCAACAGUGCUCACAAAUACAACUGUGCAACCUACAGCAGCAAGUACUGAUUCUACAUCAACAGUGCUCAAAAGCACAACUGCGCAACCUGCGCCAGCAAGUACUGAUUCUACAUCAACAGUCCUCAAAAGCACAACUGCGCAACCUGCAGCAGCAAGUACUGAUUCUAUUGAUACAACCACCACUACUAUAACGCCAAGCAUAACUAUGCAUCCUGUUGCAGCAGCAAGUGCUGAUUCUACAUCAACAAUUCUCACAAGUACAACUGUGAAACCUGCAGCAACAGCAAAUAAUGCUCCUACAUCAAUAGUGCCCACAAUGAAUAUUUCUCCACAUGCAGCACAAGCAACUAAUGCUGCAACAUCAACAAUACCCACAACCCCCCGUUCAUUGCCUGCAACAACUUCUAUUGAUACAACCACCACUACUAUAACGCCAAGCAUAACAUCUACACUAUUUACAAAAAUGACAACAAAUGCAGAAACUUCCACAAACUCUACACAAACCUCAGUAACAACGAUUUCUAACGGCUGUCGGAAGAGAGCGGCCGAAGAGGGCGAGUGUGUGGCUAACGCUGAGUGUGUAAAAGAAGGAGACGCAUACUUGUGCAAAUGUAAGCAAGGAUUCGUAAUUCAAUCAUCGCAGUGUAACAAAGAAGAGAUGUCAUGGGGCCAAAACAGAGGAACUUCUGGUAGAUCCUUCAUUGUUGCGUACUGGUUAUUGAUUGUAACUGCAUGCGUACAUCUUGUUCAGACAGUACCAUAGAGUUGAUAAGGGACACAGCAACGCAGUAUUUGUUCUGAACAUAAAAUUCUCCACUGAAUUUUGGCAGUCCGGCCAACCGUUAAAACAUUUGUUUUAAAAUAACACAUUUCUCUUAAAUGAUGAAUGUUUUAUAUAUAUAUAAAAGCCUUUUCCUUUCAUUUUAUCACCAUCAUUGACACUCUGUCGAAUUUUGAAUCUUUGUUUCGAACUUAACCUUACAUGUUCAUAUAUAUAUAUAUAUAUAUAUAUAUAUAUAUAUAUAUAUAUAUAUAUAUAUAUAUAUAUAUAUACUUGAUUUCAUUACUGACUCAUGUACUGCUUUGUAUGUAAUUAAAUGUAGCCUUUUC